AAAAAAAAAUAUUUUCGGAAGGAUAGGAAUAAUUGGGGUGGAGUCCAAUUUGGUGUGCAAGCUCCAAAUACAUUUUCAACUUUACAUUGAUCGAGUGCGAAGGCAUAAUUAACUUUCCAUAACUUCAAGAUACAAAAAUUGAAUAAAAUUGAUCUUUCAUGAUUGAUUAGAGAAACUCAGAUGGAGACUUCUGAAGAUCUGUGCAACAACUUGGGAGAUGGAGAUUCCAGAGCGAAUAAUAGUAGCUCCGGCGGCGUUCCGGCGGCUUCAACGGGGCAUGGAGCGAGCUCUUCUCUCGCGAUCGGCCGGCAGUCCCCUAAUCAGCUCGUGACCGGCGGUGGUAAAGAUGCAGAAGUAGUUAUUUGGAGGCAGUGGCGUACCAUGUUUGGCAUGAUCCUUGUUGCUACUGCUGUAUGGGUGUUGUUUGAACACUCGGGAUUGCCUUUCUUAUCAGUCUGUUCUGAUGUCUUUCUCAUCUUGAUAGUACUCCUCUUUGUCCGUGCAAACUUUGCUGCCUUCAAAAGGAAACAACUUCAAACAUUGCCAGAGUUAGUCUUGACUGAAGAAAUGGUCAACAAUGCUGCUGCCUCAUUCCGUGCUAAAAUCAACUAUAUGUUACUUAUGGCUCAUGAUAUCACUCUUGGGAAAGAUUUCAAACUCUUUUUUAAGGUGGUGAUUUUUCUCUGGUUUCUAUCUGCCAUAGGCAGUGUGGUAUCUUUCUUCACAGUCACAUAUAUAGGAACUGUCAUAUCCAUCAUCUUCCCUGCAUUGUACAACAGAUUUGAAAAUCAAAUAGAUGGACAUUUCUCUAGACAAUAUAAGGUUGUGGAUGAGAGCCUUAGCAGAUUGCCUCAGAACAUAGCCAAGGACAAAGAUCUCUAAAUUUCAUGCUCCAAAUGUAUCUCUUAGAUCCUUUCUUUGUCAUUACUGAGUGGAAAUGCACUUGCACAAUGUAUAUAACAAUUAACAAUGUAGGCACCACUGAACAUUUUUUACACCCUCAGACCCUCCGUCUCAUGAAUUAUAGUCCUCGUUUGACUUCACAGAGUUUAAGAAAAAUGUUGAAAAUUU